AUGGACCGCUACCCGCCAGCAAUGCCGCCCUAUGCGAAUGCGCAGCAGCCGGGCGACGCCGCCUCGCACCCGCCCAACCCGCAUCCGCACACCCUGCUUAAAGUAACCUCCGAACAAAACGUCCGGCUUCACCAACCGCCUGUUCACCCUGUCUGCCAGGAAGUCAAGCCGCGCCUCACGAAAGAGCAACAUGACAUCCUCGAAGCCCACUUCCAGCAGCAGCACAAGCCGAGCACCACCACCAAGAAGGGUUUCGCCGAGUCGCUCGGCGUGCCUCUCGAGAAAAUCAACAAUUGGUUCCAGAACCGCAGGGCCAAGGUCAAGCAGGACAUGAAGAAGCAGAUGGCGCAGUACAACAUGCAGUUGCAGAUGCAGCAGCAGCAACAGCAGCCCUCGCAACAGCAGCAGCAGCAGCAGCAGCAGCAGCAACAACAACAACCACCCCAGCAACAGCCGCAGAUGCCGCAGCAACAAAUACCCAUGCACAGCCAGAUGCAGCCCGCUCCCCAGAGCGCGCCGCAGUCGCAACCCCAGAGGCCCGAGUUUUCGUACGGCCCGCCGGAUAUGAGUUCGUCGUCGUUGCCCGGGAAUGGUUUCGCGGUGCAGCAGGCCCCAGAAAUGAUGGCCCCACAAAUGCCCCCUCAAGACUACUCCUCCGGCCACGGCCACGUCCUUUCCUCAAUUUCCGAGUCCACCCAGCCUGGUUCGUACGACGCCGUCAUGCAAUCGCUGGUCAAUGCGGGCUACCCGGUGCAGGUGAGCAGUGCGAACGGAAUGCCCUCUGGCCUCCAGCCGACGGACCCCUUCGUUUCAUUCGACGGCUCUAACAUCCCCCACUCCAUGGGUGGUGACUCGCACUUUGCAUUCGCCGAUUUCCCAGGCUCGGAUCCCUUUGGAGACGGUUUGGGCGAUUUUGGAGCCGACCAUUUCGAUUUCAACACGCUCGCAUCCUCCGCUCCCGCCUCCUUCUCGGGCAACCAUGCGCGGGCCACCGCAUCGACAGAAACCUCGCCUUUUUCGGCAGGCCAAUCGAUUCAGAACGGCGGCUCGUCGGCCACAUCUGUGCAAUCAGGCUGGAUGGACAACCAGCGCGAGGAUUCCCAAGAAGGAUCGAUCAGCGGCAGCGUGCCUGGCCCGGGGGGUCAGUGGAUGGCGAACCAUUUCCAGCCGCAGAGCGUUUACCAGCAGAGCAACACGUCGAAUCAGACUUUGAUAUCGACCGCAGCCGACCCGAGCGAGUCGUCCAUGUACCAGUUCAGCCAGCCCGAUUUCAACCAGCCCUUCGCAUUUUCCGACGAAGCGCUGCACCGCCGCGAUUCCCCUGCUACAGCUCUCGCCCAAUCGAUGGGCAACGUCGAGCUCCAGGGCCAAUCGAACAGCGAUGCGGGCUUCAAACAACCCGACCAGCCAUCGAGCAUCGCUGCGCGGAGGCAGCGGCCCCGUCCCGCGGCUCUUGGUCAGGCCGCCCUUCGCAGUGCAUCCUACAGUGCGGGCAUGCCUUCUUCCCCUGGCACCAACAACCACAACCUGAAGGCCGAUCACACGCUCCGUAGGAUUCGUUCGACUGGUCUAGUGAAUGGCGGCCGCAUCCAGAAGGCCAAUACCGGCUCCGCUCAGCGCUCACCGAUGCAUUUCACCUUCGCUGAAGCCGCUGUUUCGCCGAAGUUCGCAACUUCUAGUUAUGGCGGCCCAAGCAUCAGCGGUCCGCCGGUCUCGACUGGUUCGCUGGCGCCGCCGACUCCUCUCACGCCAAGCGAACCCGGUCGCUUCCCGUCUUGGCAAAGCCCCGGUAAUGUGCAGAGCAAUGUAACAAGCAACCAGGAUACCACCAGUCGCGCAGACGGUGCAGGUGUCUUGUACAGUAUGGCUCCGACCUCCGCCGCUUUCUCCACCGCUUCGCCGCCCGAAACCCCACUCUCCCUUGCAUCGCUAUACGGACACGGGCACCGCGCAAGGGUCAGCAACGGGUCGCUUGUCAGAGACACGCCGCCGCAGUCCGCACCGGCCCAGCAGCAAAGUUUUCCUCGCUCGGCCUUCACUCCGCAGCAGACAUCCAUGGCCGAAGAGCCGCACCAACCACCGCCGCAACCGCACCCGCACCCGCAAUUGCAAUUGCACCCGCAGCAGCAUCACCUGCACCACCACCAGUCAAUGGAGAAUACUCACAGCCAGCUGAUGUUACAGCAGCAAGCCCAGCGGCGGCCGUCCCUUCCGGAAGGCGGAAUGGUCCCGUACGAUAUGGCAGCAAUGCAAUAUGCCGUGCCCAUGGUCAAUGCGGACGGCGACUUGCAAUUAGCACACCCGAUGCAAUUCGCCCAGGACCCUUCGAUGAACUACGCAAAGCCGUCGAUAGCAUUCUCCCCUGACAUGGGCAACGGCCCGAUGCAGCACCACAUGGGCAUGCAGCAACAGAACUUUUAUGUCCACCAGUAUUCCCCUCCUGAUAGCUCCUCGGCUCAAGGGGGCCAGGCCAACUCGAGACGCCAGAGCGAGAUGCAGCCGAAGAAUUACAUCUUCGCCAACCAGACGCCCGGUGACUUUAAAGCAUGA